AUGGGGUCAAUUGCACCAGGGAUUUCGGACGAUACCACCCAAUCAGCAGAUCAGAUCGAUGCUUUCAUCCAGAACCACCCGGUCGCAAUCUCUCUACGAAAUGAUCCAGAGUACACCGAGGUACGACCACACUUGAAAGUAGCAGAGCAAUUUCGUGCCCAGAAUUUCAUGACAGGGGCACUUACGGGGCCACACAAAAUCUCCGUGCCGCCGUAUGUCUUUAGCAAAGAGAACGGGGAGAAAUUGGUGAUGAUCAUGCACCUUGGAGAACACUUGUGUGACUAUCCAGAAAUCGUCCAUAAUGGUCUGAUUGCAGCCCUUUUUGACGAGGGACUGGCAAGGUGUUGCUUUGCAGCUCUACCUCACAAAGUCGGGGUUACUGCUAAUCUCAAUAUUGAGCAUCAUCAACCCUUGAUGGCCAAUUCAUACAUUGUCUUGUCUGCAGAGACGACGAAAUUGCAAGGUCGGAAGGCUUGGGGGUAUAGUCGAAUUGAGACGCUUCCGAUUGAUAGUGACGAGGCGAGUCUGAUCGCGGAAGCCAGGGGACUCUUUAUAGAGCCGAAGCAGAUUGAUGUAAGUUCUCUUGGAAAUUUGGCUCCAUGCACGUAA